UAUAAGGACGAUUUGAAAAAGAGAAGGGGUCCUUCAUCCUUAAAUGGGUCCAAAACGGCGGAGAGUGUCUUCGCGAAACGCGCGAGGAUGCAAAAAUGCGCGGUAUACGUUGGAUACUAUGCCGCCAGAAGUUCUCGGCAUCAUCCUGAGGAUGCUGUCAUUACACGAUGUGGCCUGUACAGUUCGUCUAAUCUCCAGACGUUACUUCGAUAUCGCCGCUACAGUAUUAAAUAGCGAAUUUCUUGUGGCCGGCAUGAAACUGGAGAGCGCAAUAAAACGUACAGAAAGCCUCAUGAACAGCGUAAAGACCGAUAUGGAAUUACUCGAGUAUAGUAGCAUCUUUAACGCGCUGGAACUCAUUCGCUCUCAAUAUCAGAUGUUAAGGGCGGUUACGUGGCGAUACACGCACCCAAGAUCGCACGACUCACCUACUUCGUGUUUCUACGGUGGUAGAGUCCUCGACAAUCUCAACUGUUUGCUACAGACGGUUCUAGAUCCCGGUCGAGUACCCACAAAUGUCUUCAACUACGUCGAUUUACAGAUCUUUACGCGCAGCUGUGAGAAUUUCAUGGAUCAUUUCGAGAAGACCACAGAGCGCAGGAUAAACAGAUCCGCUCUAAUCUCGGGUUGCAAGAUCGUCGACGUCCUAGACUGUCUCGGAGAGGGUCGACAACUGUUAUCUUUCAGAACUUCGUCGAGAACAGGAAACCCCAUGGUCAGCAUGCAACUCAAAUACGUCCUGAGACGCGCGUGGUUCACGUGUCUGCGGGUGCCCAACGCGAAUAACGAGCACUGCUGGCGGGAUAGGCAACGUUACAUGUAUCUUAGAUUGCGCCGGUUGGUCGGCAGCUUCAACAAGCACUUAUACCAUAAAUUACACUACGAGCGCAAGCUUCUCCUUCGAGGGACGGCAUCAUCGUUGCCACCUCGAAAACCGCCGCCAGCCUCCACGUACUCGGGAUACGGCGAAUAUGGCGGCCAGUUUUUUUAUUAUGGUAACAUGAGCAAAUAUGCCUACGAGAAUAAAUUCAGGUACGCGAGAUCCGGCAACAUGGAAAACACCGACGGAGAAUUCGAGGAAGAAACUAGGCCACAUCGCUUCGAUUUGGUCAUCAGAGUUCAAUUGAGAUGUUCGCCAGAAUUGGCGCCGCUAUCGAUAAGGACGAAUCUGAAGGCCGAUGACCUCGAAAAUUGCAGUGCCAACUCGCGUCAAGAAUUGUACCUGAAACUGAGUACGAGAUGCACGGCGUCUAAAGCUAAUAGAUUGCCGAACGAUUUUACCUGGGAGGUGCUUGGUCCUCGAAUAAAGCAUUCGCAAUGUCGUUGAACCGCGCGUAUACACUCUUAUAUAUGUGAUGUACAAUAAUAUGUAGCAAUCGUCCGAUUUUUAUAUCUCCGAAAGUGAAAAAUAAAUUAGUCGCAUUUUAUCCAAUGAUCUUAAAGCUAUUUAUCGAUAAAAAUAGUAGUUAAGAAGAAU